GGCUUUGUGCGUUCCGCAUUCGGAAAUCGUCCUAGUGAGAUUUCGUGGCGACAUGGCGCAGUCCCAGCAAGACGAGAACGAUCGUACGAGUAGCUCGGACACUGGCAGUUGGAGGCAGUUUGCCUUGUACUUUGUGUAUGGAUUGGUACUGGUCGGAGUGUGGACUGUUCUGAGCCUACCGACUGUCAUCUUCGUCUUGCCUACGGAAACAGAAUGUCGACAAAAGGUGCUACCACCCGCGAUCGAGUCAGAGAGUUACUGUGAACCACUGAAUACAACAUCGCUUUGCUACGACUUCGUAGCAAGCCGGUCGUCCAACAUGGUGUGGAUUCGUCAAAAUAAAAGCCAGAAAACUAUCGAAGCUGAACUACAGGUAGUAAUGCAGCUUCUGUUCCGGUUUGGAACUCCGCGGUGUCUCAAACAUGGAAACCCCAAAGAGAUGAUGUGCCAGCUCGCUUUUCCUGCUUGUGUCGAAGACUCGAAGGGAGUCGAGUAUCCCGCUGAAAUGUGCCCGUCUCUUUGUCAUUUUGCGACUACAAAGUAUUGCGUGUUUGAGUUGCUAGCAGCAAAGUCAGCCGUGUACGUGGACCGAGAAACGUUUGGAAUGUUUGAUAUUCCAGACUGUGGGACCUUGCCUAUAGAAAAUGACAUCAUCUAUUCUUGUGGAGCCUACAGACGGAACACAUCGUCUAUGAUCGAAGAGCCAGGUACUAGUACUACAGGUCCAGUAAUGUGUCCUGCACCUCUCAUUCCUUCUGCGAGUGCUCACAUUUCGUGCAGUCCAGAGUGUGGCACUUGGAGUUGGACGUCGUUAUCGAGUUCUGAUGCAAUAGAAAUCUGCACUUGGGUCGGAUUUAUUGUUGGACUACUUGCAGCUGGUGUUGUCUUCUUCACUUGGGCAAGCUGCAGUAGCAUGUGGGCGUUUCCCGACAUCAUCGUGUUGUACAUCAAUAUUUGUGGUCUUAUUGCCUGUCUUCUUAUCGGAGUUGGGCUAUCGAUGGGCAAAAAGAUGGCAUACUGUUCUGCCAAUGAUUGGGCGACAGCCUUUGAGCAGCCGACGAGAUUCUGUGCAGCUCAAGGUGCUAUCUACCACUACGUUACCGUUGCUUUGUACAUUUGGUGGAUGUUUCUGCUGUUAAACAAGACACUUACUAUUCUCUGUGAUACAUCUGCUAUAUUUAUGAAAGAGCAUUCUCUUGCCAUCCACAUAAUAGAGUCUGUCAUCAGCUGGUGUAUUCCUGCCGUCCUAGUGAUUGUUGUUUUUUGGAGUGGCGGCAAAACCUAUGGACUUCAGAGCACUGACCCACUGGCUUGUGGACCAGUGGAUCUUGAAGUGGCUUACUACACAUUGUCUCUACCCAUGCAGAUUGUUUUUGGCAUAGCACUUACAGCUGUCAUUUUGUUCCAUGCUGUCAAGGAUUGUAAGCCAACUUUGAUUGUUUGGAGUGGUCAAGAAGUAAGGCGAGUUGUUCCUAAGCCUGUUGGUCGUUUGGAGAAACGCUAUCUUAUCCUCAUCACAGCCUAUCCACUGAUGUGCCUCCUUGUCUUCCUACCUGGCAUUCCAAUGAUGAUGAAUGCCAAGAAGCUCGAGUGUUCUCUGGUGGACUAUUUUGUUUGCAUGACACUUCCAGAUCCCAAGCCAACGUGCGAACCUAACUUCAAAGAAUACAUCUACCCAGAACUCUGGUGCAUUGCAGCGCUGUCUACUGGAAUUUCUUGCUAUGCUUUAGUGUUCUUUGCCUCACUUUCUAAAGAAGCCCGGGCCUGUUGGCGUGGCCACAAGGACAGCUUCCUGCUCUUCAUCGGCUUAUUACAGCAAAAGUUUCUUCAUGUUCCGUGUGAUCCUUGUGAGAACUGUGACCCAACUAGACUCAAGAAUGGAACACAAGCUGCAUCAACUGAGAUAGAAGACUUAAGUGAUGAUAUCGGCAGGCGCUAUGCCACUGCAGGUGAUUGGCAACCACAAAGCACUGCAAUGUAACCACAAAGCACUGCAAUGUAAAGAAAUCAGACACAAAGUUUCUUGCAACUAGUAGAAUAGUUGCCUGUCAAGAGGUAGAAUUGCAGAGUGACACAAAUCAGGGAUGUGAUUUUAUGCAAAUAGCGUUCCUAACUACUAGUAACCUCUUUGGUAUCACUUAUUUUAUGUUUAGCCAAUGAUGACAUACCUGUAGUGUUUAGCUAAAUGUUGAUGUGAGUGUCUGUGUUCAUGCCCAUGCAUAUGUUUUGACAGUUUCUGGAAAUGAAAUCAUGCUGCUCCGUCAUUCAA